AAAGGUCUUUGUAAGAUUCGAAGCAAUCUAUUGAAACAAAUCUUAACAAAUCCCAAAACAAAUAUGCCACUCAUAAAGCGAAUAGAGGCCAUAAAAAAGUCAAAAGCAAAGGUGAAACCUGACGCCCUCAGUUGAAAUAUUUGUUCCAACCAAAAUUCCAGUGUUAAUGGAAGAGGAAAAGCCACCGCAGCCACAGCCGGUGGAGUGGUACUCAACCCCAAAACCACCUCCUGGAGCCGGGUCCAUGGAGGCGGAGAAAAGCAUGGAUGUUGCUCCAAUCCCAUCUCCAUUAUCAGCUUCCAAACCUUCUUGGUUCAGUCCCAUAAGGUUGCUUGUUAUAUUUUGUGUAAUUAACUUAAUAAAUUAUGUGGACCGCGGAGCAAUAGCUAGCAACGGUGUCAACGGGAGCCGCAAGACUUGCUCAAAAAAUGGUCAAUGCUCACAAGGCACUGGAAUUCAGGGUGAUUUUGAUCUAAAUAAUUUUAAGGACGGAGUUGUAUCGUCUGCUUUCAUGGUUGGACUCCUUGUGGCAUCUCCAAUCUUUGCAUCUCUAACUAAGAGGGUCAAUCCGUUUAGGCUUAUUGGAGUUGGUUUGUCAGUCUGGACCAUUGCUACUGCUGGUUGUGGUUUUUCGCAAGACUUUUGGUCCAUUGCAAUUUUUCGCAUGCUAGUGGGUGUUGGCGAGGCUUCUUUUAUAAGUCUUGCAGCUCCAUUCAUUGAUGAUAAUGCCCCACCUGCUAAGAAAACAUUGUGGCUGGGAGCAUUUUACAUGUGCAUUCCGACUGGUAUUGCACUUGGUUACGUUUAUGGUGGAGUGGUUGGGAGUUACAAGUGGCGUUUGGCAUUUUGGGUGGAGGCCAUUUUGAUGCUUCCUUUUGCUAUAUUAGGCUUUGUGAUGAAACCUUUGCAGUUGAAAGUUUCAUUGAACUUGAAUCCCCAUGUAAUGUGGGUUUCAUUAACAAAGUCUUUAUCUCUGAUGCAGCUUCUGUCUGUGGCAACAUUAUUUGGAGCAAUAUUUUGCUUUGUCGCAUUUUGCUUUAAGAGCCUAAUUGCUUACGUGAUUAUUUUUGCAAUAGGAGAACUGCUAAUAUUUGCCACCCAGGCCCCUGUAAAUUUUGUUUGUCUACAUUGUGUCACACCUAGUUUAAGACCAUUAUCCAUGGCUAUGUCUACCGUCUCCAUUCACAUCUUUGGUGACGUGCCUUCUGCUCCUCUCGUUGGGCUUCUCCAGGAUCAUCUUAACAAUUGGAGGAAAACUGCUCUUAUUCUUACAUCCAUUCUGUUCCUGGCUGCCGUAAUAUGGUUUGCAGGUAUUUUUCUUCAGAGUGUAGAUAGUUUUGAUGACGAGAGUGAGAAUCCAGGCACUAUUGAAAAUUCAAGCCCAACUCCUUCACAGGAAAGGAAGAAGACCGAAACAGCAUAAGUUUUCACGAAGCAUAAAUUCUCUUGAGACUAGCCAGUUGGUAAAGUGCUGGUUUUUGACACUCGUAUUUAAUGUAAAUUCUUUCUUCUAAUGCCUCUUGUGAGCGUAAAUAAUGUUAUUGCAUUUGAAAUCAUUCACAUUUGUUCAAUUACACUCUCCUGGGAAAGAAAUGCAAAAAUUCUUGCCUUAGCUAUUUAA